GACUUUUAAAAUCCUGUCAUAUAUAUACUUCUUCAUCAUUAUGACAUGAUUUUAAAAGUCAUCAUCAUUGCGUCCUCAAGACUACUUCUCUCCCCCCCCCCCCUUUCUCUCCCUUUCUCUCUAAUCAUAUUUUAUGAAUGUGAGUCAAUGGUAGACUUGUUCUUACUGUGGGUCGAUGUUUUGGAAAGAAGUGGUCGCAUUGCAUUGUGAGGACGAAGUAACAUAUUGUUUGGAACCGAGACACGUGGGUGCUAGCUUAGGUUGACUUUGUGAUACUGUCGUGUCGUAAAACCCACUAUUUCUGCCUUUCAAAGUAAAUUGGCGUAAGUGCACAAGAUGUCUUGGAGAGGAGGUGGAGGACGAGGAGGAGGGGGACGAGGAGGUUUCCGAGGUGGUGGUGGUCGUGGUGGAGGCAGAGGGGGAGGAUUCCGUGGAGGCAGAGGAAGGGGAGGAGGAGGUGGAAACUUUUAUCAGGGUCCACCUGAAUAUGUCACAGAGGUUGGCUCCUACAUGCACCCAUGCCAGGAUGACUUGGUGGUACAUGGCAGCAUUGAAAAGAUUCCAUACUUCAAUGCACCCAUCUUCCUGGAAAACAAGCAGCAGAUCGGCAAAGUAGAUGAAAUUUUUGGACAUCUUACAGACUACUUCUUCUCUAUCAAAUUAUCAGAAAAUAUGUCAGCAUCGUCAUUUAGUAAAGAUCAAAAGUUCUUCAUUGAUCCAAUGAAGCUGCUCCCCUUACAGAGGUUCCUUCCCCAGCCCGCUGGAGGCAGAGUCCAGAAGAGGGGCGGUGGACGAGGUGGAAGAGGAGGGCGUGGCGGUGGUAGAGGUGGUGGUGGAUUCAGAGGUGGUCGUGGUGGUGGAUUUGGCCGGGGAGGAGGAGGUGGAUUUAGAGGAGGACGAGGCGGUGGUGGCUUCAGCAGAGGAGGGGGACGAGGAGGAGGUUUUAGUAGGGGAGGAGGCGGUUCCAGAGGAUUCCGAGGCGGAAGGUGAUGACCAAGGAUCUGGGUUUUUUUUUCCAGCUGGAGAAUUUUUAUUUUUUCGACAACAACCACCACUGUCAUCAUUACAUCACAUUGGAGACAGGGACAAUGCUUCAUCAAAAUGCCUCCUGCAGUCUCUGUCUCGAGCAAAAAUUAUUAUCAGGGACAAUAGACGAUUGCUGUACUGUGCAACACAAACCCGUCUGACAUAGUAGGGAGUGUUUUAGACUGUGUGUAUGAGAACAGCAUCCAUGUCUUCUGUAACAGAUCAUAGUUCAUAUGUUUGAACAUAGUUGAGUGGCCCCAUUGACUACAGAUUGCACUCGAUACGUAUUGCCAUGGGAAGUCACAUGGAAAACGUUACAUGGGGCUCUGGGCGAUAUUGCUCCUGAAAAUCUCCAUUGCAAUGUUGAAGCUUAUCCAAUGUUGCAGAUUUAGGCAGUAGGUGGUGAAUAGUGGCCCCAGAAAAUAAAAAAUAUUAAUUUUUCACAUGUUCUGAAAACAAGCGCAAUACCUUAGAAUGACCCCACUACACUGUAAUAAGGGGGGUAUUGAAUUAUGGCUAAAAUCAAUUUCAAGCAUCUGUGUACCAUUGAAAGAAAGAAGGAAAAAUUGUUUAUCUUUCUUGAAAUUGAUUACAGCUUUUCUUACCCACCCCCUUCCCUAUUUCUAUUUCUUUUUUUACCAUUAUGGAUGUGAAUAAUUCAUAUGAUGAAUGUCCAAAAAUGGAAAGGUCCAUAAUUAUCUGAACCUUGAUGUUAAUUGUCCAGUAGUGGUUGUAUUGUAAAUAUGUGUAUAUACCAGUACAUUAUUCUGAGGGGGGGAGUAAUACAUUGAAAAAUCUGGCUUCUAACAAGAUAUAUGAUCACCAAGUCAUAGGCCCAUAUUCUGAACUCAAGAUUUAUUUCAAACUAUAGUCUUACAUUUUUGACUUUGUGUUACAGAUUUUCUCAUGAAAUUGGUGUUUACUGCAACUUCUUUCAUUCAUCUUUAAUGUUAUGAAUGAUCCCGGUUGUGAUUUUGUGAAAUGCAUGUACAAAUGCUACAAUUUGUCUUUUCUUUUUAUCCCCUUCUCCCUGCAAGUAAAUUAAUUAAGAUAACUUUUUAUUGAUGCUUUGCAGGCUUUUACCUUUAUAGUUUAUUGAUAUAGUUCCUUCAUUAUUUUAAUUGAUAGACCUUGUGCAUGUGAUGUCAUAAUAUCAUAGCGCCCUCCCUCAGAGGAUAUAGGAAUAUGCGUAAAAGGAGUUGUCAGAGAUCCGCCAGGUGCAGAUCACCAACGCAUGCAGGGCUAUGGCUUCAGCCUCUAAGAUGGCGGUGCAAUGAUGUCAAUGCAUAAGGUCUUAUGUUUUAUGGAGAUUUACUUUCGUGAAAGUUGUUAGCACUGACAAGUUGUUAUCUGACAUUUACUAUGGUAACAGUCAGACACUUGUGUGCUUUUCAUCUAAUCUAAACCUAGGAAAAUUAUCAGAUAAUUUAUGAAGAUGAAAGUCUCACAAAUCUUAAUCAUAUAGUUACUUUAAUUUCAUGUCAUGUUAUGACAACAUGCAUUAUUAUUUAUUCAUAUUAAAAAAUUAUGUCUAAUGUAGGCCUUGUAGUAUAAUUCAAUUUGAUAUUUCUUAUCAAAUGUUUGUCUCAAGAUAGCUUUUAGAAAAAGUCACAUACCUCUUCUUGAAUUAUGUACAAAAUUUUAAAACUGUUUUUAAUAAAAAACAUUUGAAUCAA